AUGUCACUUAAACGCCUUGUUCUUGGACCGCGUGGCAUUCGAGAACCCCAUUGGCAUGCAAAUACGCCUGAAUUGGCUUACGGUUUGAGCGGAAAAGCUCUUGUGUCUGUUCUCGAUUCAGGCUCCGUCUUUUCAUCCUUCACUAUCAAGGCUGGAGAGAUGUUUCAGAUUCCUUCUGGAAGCUUGCACCACAUUGAAAAUCUCUCUGAUAGCCAAUCCUGCGAAUUUCUAGUUUGCUUUAGACACGAGCGCCCAAAGGACUUUUCCCUAUCUGCGGCGUUCGGCGCCAUGACGCCGGCGGUGCUGGGCAACACCUACAAUGUUCCUGCUUCGUCGUUUGAGCAUGUGAAUUUCUCAACCGAUGCGAAGGAGAUCAUUGCUCGAGAGGGAAAGCCAACCGUACCAGACACCGCGCACCUACCAAACCCACACAAAUUCAAUGUGGAAGGCAUGGAACCGCCUCUGCGGGGAGAGAGCAUUGGGUCAGUGAAACCCGCACGAUCACAGUUCUGGCCAGCCCUUAGUGACGGAAACCUGGCCAUGUAUUCUCUUACCAUUGAAGACACCGGAAUGCGUGAACCACAUUGGCACCCAAUCACCGCAGAGAUGGGCUAUGUCCACCGAGGAGCGGCUCGCAUGAGCAUCCUGGAUCCUGAUGGAAAGGUGAACACUUAUACAUUGAAGGAGGGAGAUAUAUAUUUUAUCCCUCCAGCCUAUCCGCACCAAAUUGAGGCUCUCCCACAGGGCGGGAAGGAUAUCCACUUUUGCAUCUUCUUUGACCAAGCCAUGCCUCAGGAUAUUGGAUACAAAACAAGCGCUGCCGCAAUUACUCAUGAGGUCAUGGCAGCUACGCUGGGCUUAACCCGGAGCGAGAUGCCCCCUUUGGAGACUGCGGCGGUCGAUCCCUUGAUGGUGAAGAGGGUGAAUGAUGUGGAUAAAAUUGAGUCAUGGACACGAUAA